AUGGCGCAACUGGUCCUCAAGCCGUACAGCUCGGGCCGUCUGGGGUGGAAAGCAAGCGGUCUUGGCGUCAAGGAGUGGCAGAUCGCCGAGUCGACGUCCCUCAGUCUCAUCACCGAUGGCACAUACACGCCUGCCAUGUUCAACGCCAGCUUGCAAGAGCUCAACGCCGAGUCUCUGCUGCACACGACGCGGACCAUGUUGCUGAUGCGUUUGCAGGUUCAGUGGCCGCUGUGCGGCGUCACGCUGGGCUGCUUUGCGGGCACGGGCCUCAGCAUCUUGCUACCAUUGGCUUCGUCCUACUCGGACGAACGCGACGGCCCCAAGCCGCGCAGGAUCAUGGACGACCGGCACCGUGCGCUUGGUGCGGCCUAA